UUAACAUUUAAAAAUUCAACUUUUAAGGUGCCACUGUCUUUAAAGUUCUGGUCCAACACUGAAGGAUCGCAGAUUUGAACAACAUGACGUCUUUGGAAAGAAUGAUCAGUUCCUGCUACAACUUCACAUACCAUAACAACUCAGCUCUGUACGGCCCAUAUUUCCCUGAGAAUGAGCCACCUUUUUUCCAACAUAUAAAAUGGCUGGAUUGGAUCACCACUGGCAUUGGACUUCCUUUGACUCUAAUAGUGAUAGUUGCAAUUUUUCUACAGGUGAAAAAGGAUCAGGGUGUCCCAGUCUACGUCAUGAACCUUCUCUUUUCUGAUCUCAUUCAGUUCUGUGGCAGAAUUAUACCUUCAUUUAUUCCUGGUAUCAGCAGUGGUAUGAUCUAUUUUGGUUUAAUGGCCAGUGUUGGAUUCAUGGUCUGUAUCUCAUUAGAAAGGUAUUUGAUCAUCGCCAAACCACUGUGGUACAGAUUCAGGAGAAACAUCAAGACCUAUGUGGUGGUCUGUGGUGUGGUCUGGAUUUUUCCUCUUCCAAUUCUGCUAACUGUGAAUCUGACCACUGAUCCUACCAUUGGUUCUAAUAUUAUUGAAAAAGUCAUACCUGGUGUGUUCCUUAUGCCCAUUACAUUCUUCAUCUUCUUCUUGGUUGGGACUAUUAAAGCUCUGUCUGGAGCCCUCAGUGUCCCAGCAGAAGAAAAACGACGAAUUGUAGCCAUUCAGGUAGUGGUGCUGCUAAUUUACUCUCUGUUUUUCCUGCCGAACAUUCUUCCUUUCCUUUUACAUGAAAUCAGUUCAAUUAUUUUUAUACUGAGCCCAGUGUGUCUCAUUCUUAGUCCCCUUGCAGACACAAUUCUGUAUUUGUUAAGUCGUAAAAGCUUCCUGGAUAAGUUUCUGGCUUUACUCUGUUCUUGUAAAGCAUCAGACAAUCAGGAGCUGAGCAGCAAUAAUACUGAAAGACCGACUGCUCCACAUACUGAGACUGUUUAGGGUUUAAUAUCUGGAGCCUCCACAACAAUCUACUGUAGCUGAUUUUUGGGUUGAUUAGCAACAUAGAUUUGAAAGACUUUUGUUUUUAAAAGUUUCAUUGAAAUAAUUUCUUGGGUAAACGUCUAAAA